AAGUAAUCUGCUUUUUUUGGGGGGGGAUCUGUAGAAAACUGCAGGACCCUCGUGUGAUGACCACUCUCUCAGUGCUGCUGGGGCUGGAUCUAGCUGGCAUGGAUGAAGAGGAAGAACCGACUCCACCCCCACCCCCUAAACCCAAAGAGACAGCUCCACCUCCUCCCAAAGAGGAAGACCUGCCAGAGAACAAGAGAAUGGCCUUGAAGGAGAAGGAACUGGGAAAUGCAGCAUAUAAGAAGAAAGAUUUUGCUACUGCACUGAAGCACUAUGAAGAAGCUCUAAAGCACGAUCCCACCAACAUGACCUAUCUGUCAAACCAAGCAGCUGUGCAUUUUGAAAAGGGGGAGUUUGAUAAGUGCAGAGAGCUUUGUGAGAAAGCCAUUGAGGUGGGCAGAGAGAACCGGGAGGAUUACAGACAGAUUGCCAAGGCAUACGCCAGGAUUGGUAACUCCUAUUAUAAGCAGGAGAAGUACAAAGAGGCAGUCCAGUUUUUUAAUAAGAGUCUGACAGAGCAUCGCACACCUGAAGUCCUCAAGAAAUGCCAGCAGGCGGAAAAGAUUUUAAAGGAACAGGAGAAGCAUGCCUACAUCAAUCCAGAUUUGGCACUGGAAGAAAAAAACAAGGGCAACGAUGCCUUCCAGAAGGGUGACUAUCCUUUGGCCAUGAAACAUUACUCAGAGGCUAUCAAGAGAAACCCUUAUGAUGCAAAACUCUUCAGCAACCGAGCUGCCUGCUACACCAAACUACUGGAAUUCCAGCUGGCCCUCAAGGACUGUGAGGAGUGCAUCAAACUGGACCCAAACUUCAUUAAGGGUUACACGCGCAAGGGAGCAGCACUGGAGGCUAUGAAGGAUUUCUCUAAAGCAAUGGAUGUGUACCAGAAAGCUCUCGAGCUUGACUCCAACUCAAAGGAGGCCACAGAGGGUCUGCAACGCUGUAUGGUGAGCCAAGCAAUGCGUAACGACAGCCCAGAGGAAGUGAAACGGAGGGCUAUGGCCGACCCAGAGGUGCAGCAGAUCAUGAGUGAUCCUGCCAUGCGCAUGAUCUUAGAGCAGAUGCAGAAAGACCCACAGGCCCUCAGCGAUCAUCUAAAGAACCCUGUCAUCGCUCAGAAAAUUCAGAAACUGAUAGAUGUUGGGCUAAUAGCAAUUCGGUGAUCAAAGGAACCAGAAGUAAACCCAGGACAUUAUUCAUCUACAGAACAGCAACAAGAAGACUACGAAGGAUGGCGGCAUUCCAAACAAAUUAUUCACCAAAUUUAACAGGCACCCUAACGCUUCUCCUCCCACUCAUCCCAUUAAUCUUUUAUUUUUAAUUUUUUUGAAGCCUUAAUUGGAUUAAAAAUGUGGCCAAUUAGUAUUGCCUCAGCACUACAUUCACUAUUAUCAGUUGUCAUGGUUUUCAGACAUUUUAUUUUUCAUACAUUAGUGUAUUAAAGAGUGGGGUUUGAACCUUUAAUAUUAAAAGCAGUUUUAUUUAUUUUAUUUUAUUUUAUUUUAUUUUUUCUUGUAUGUAUUUUUUACAGCUCAGUAUUUGGCAGAUUCGUUCUGAAUCUGUUCUCUUAUGGUUUUUGUAUGUGGGGGGGUUUUGUUUCUUCCAUUCUUUGGAGAAGAGGGGGAGGGAAGUAUUGUGACAUCAGCUCGCCAUCAGUGGUUCAUUUUCACAUAGUAGGCCUGUUAGAAAUCUGUCUGUCUCUGAAUGUGAAUGCAUCGCUAUUAUUGUACUAUACAGUCGUGGCCAAAAGUAUUGGCAGUGACAUAAAUUUUGUGUUUUGCAAAAUUAG